GCAAACUCACCAAGUAAGCAAUCAGCUAGCUAGCUAGCUCGACACAAGGCUAGCAAAAGUAUUUAGUCAUGGACGAGUACUUCUACCAGUCGCUCCUCCUGUCUGUGGUCGCCGUCGCGCUGCUUCAGCUGGUUAAGCUGGCCCUGAGGCCGGCGGCGGUGCGGCUGCCGCCGGGGCCCUGGGAGCUGCCGGUCAUCGGCAGCAUGCACCACCUCGUGAACGUGCUGCCGCACCGCGCGCUGAGGGACCUCGCGGAGAAGCACGGCCCGCUCAUUAUGCUGCGGCUCGGCCAGACGCCUCUCGUGGUGGCCUCGUCCAAGGAGACGGCGCGCGUGGUGCUCAAGACGCACGACACCAACUUCGCCACCCGCCCCAAGCUCCUCGCCGGCGAGAUCGUCGGGUACGAGUGGGUCGACAUCCUCUUCGCCCCCUCCGGCGAUUACUGGCGCAAGCUCCGCCAGCUCUGCGCCGCCGAGAUCCUCAGCCCCAAGCGCGUGCUCUCGUUUCGCCACAUCAGGGAGGACGAGGUGAUGCUGCGGGUGGAGGAGAUCCGUGCGGCGGGGCCGUCGACGCCGGUGAACCUGAGCGUGAUGUUACACAGCAUCACCAACAGCAUCGUGUCUCGGGCUACGUUCGGGAAGAAGCGGAAGAACGCACCGGAGUUCCUGGCGGCCACCAAGGCCGUCGUCAGCCUUGCGAGCGGCUUCAACAUCCCGGAUUUGUUCCCGACGUGGACCACAUUGCUGGCCAAGCUCACCGGCAUGAUGCGCAGCCUCAAGGAAAUCCACAAGACGGUGGACACCAUCCUGGAGGAGAUCAUCGAAGAGCGCAAGGGCAUCCGCGACGACAAGAUCAAGAGCGGCGCCGAGAACGUCGAGGAGAACCUCGUCGACGUGCUCAUCGGCUUGCAGGAGAAGGGCGGAUUUGGCUUCCACCUUAGCAACAGCAUCAUCAAGGCCAUCAUACUGGACAUGUUCGCAGGCGGGACGGGGACGUCGGGCUCGGCGAUGGAGUGGGGAAUGUCGGAGUUGGUGCGGAACCCGGCGGUGAUGAAGAAGCUGCAGGGACAGAUCAGGGAGGCGUUCCGGGGGAAGGCGGUGGUGACGGAGGGCGAUCUGCAGGCGAGUAACCUCCAGUACCUGAAGCUGGUUAUCAAGGAGGCGCUACGGCUGCACCCGCCGGCACCGCUGCUGGUUCCCCGGGAGAGCAUCGACGUGUGCGAGCUGGAGGGGUACACGAUCCCGGCCAAGUCGCGAGUUGUCAUCAACGCGUGGGCCAUCGGCCGCGACCCGAAGUACUGGGACGACCCCGAGGAGUUCAAGCCGGAGCGGUUCGAGGACGGCGCCCGCGACUUCACGGGCAGCAGCUACGAGUUCUUGCCGUUCGGCUCCGGCCGGAGGAUGUGCCCCGGCUUCAACUACGGGCUCGCCAGCAUGGAGCUCGCGCUCGCCGGGCUGCUCUACCACUUCGACUGGUCGCUGCCGGAGGGCGUCAAGGAGGUCGACAUGGCAGAGGCGCCCGGACUCGGCGUCCGCCGCCGCACGCCGCUGAUUCUUUGUGCCACUCCGUUCGUCCCGGCCGCCGCCUCCACCGACUAGCCACAUCGUCUUUGCUAGCCGCACGGUGCCUGCAUGUACAUCUGUGGCUCUGUCUCUAUGUCUACCGCAUAAGUUCGCAACCAAUAAGCUGCUAGCUGCGUGGCAUGCCACCAUGCAUGCUGGCUACGUACCAUGCAUGGUCCAUGAACGCGUAUUUCCAUCCAUCUCUCUCGCCCGCUGUAAGUGAUCUGUAU